GGAAGAGAAGGGAGUGCGCGGGGCUGAGUGUGUGUGUGUGUGUAUGCGCGCGCGCAGACAGCAGCCGCCGGGGAGUUGCGUCUUCCUUGGCCGAGGGAAUAUGCUGCUGCUGCUGCUGCUGCUGCGGUUGCUGGCCUCCCGUUGCCAAACGGUGCCUGGAAGCCACGAGCGGUGGACGCAGCCCUCGGCGGCUUCUUGCCGAGGAGGACCGUAGCUAGUUUCUCCCUUCGGCCGCAGCUUCCUUUCCUCUCUCCGCCCGCGGAUGCUGUAGCUGCUUUUCAAGCGCUUCUCCGCCUCUUCCUGGGGAUCAUGGAGGAAUCUCGGUCUGGCAUCCUUGCCGAAAACCUGCCAAGCGGCGGCACCACCACCACCGGCGGCAGCAGCGGCCAGGAAGGUCCGAUCUUGGCCUGAGGAGACCCCAAGCUGCCCUCCCCACCUUCUAGCGUAUUCCCUGAUGCCAAGCUGAGAUUUGUACCAAAUGAAAAUGCACUGCAACAGCAGUGUGUAGUACAAGGAGCAGUUGGACUCUGCCUGGAGAUGAGGCGCUAACUGGAAGCCUUUGCCCCUUUUCCUUGUUCCUUUUUUACUGGUUGCUAUGGAGACCAAGGAAGAAAAAAAAGAACGAAAGCAAAGCUACUUUGCCCGUUUGAAAAAAAAGAAGCUUGCUAAACAAAAUGCAGAUGUGCCACCUCCAAACACCUGUGGAACUCACACCUGUAAAACUCAGACUGGAAAAAGUGAUGGGAGCAAAAUCAUUCUAGAACAGACAAACAGUCCUCAAGAAAACUACAAGCAUUCUGCAGAAAAGGAGGAUUAUGAGAAAAAAAAGAAAAAGAGCAGUCAAGCAAAGGAUAUUAGGCGAACUGAUCUUAAACGAUACUACAGCAUUGAUGAUAACCAAACCAGAACAAAUGAGAAGAAAGAAAAAAAAAUGGUCAUCCAGAAACCUCAUGGAACAACUCAGUACAUGGCUGGAAGCCAAGACACCUUAAACAGCAUAGCCCUGAAGUUUAACAUAACUCCAAAUAAACUUGUGGAACUCAAUAAGCUUUUCACACACACAAUUGUUCCAGGCCAGGUACUAUAUGUGCCAGAUACUUUAAGAGUAAUUUCCUCAAGUUCUGGUAUUCCUGUUUCACCUUCAUCAUCAGAUGCAGAAUAUGAUAAGCUUCCGGAUGCUGACUUAGCCAGAAGGGCUUGCAGACCACUUCAGAGAGUUACGUCGUCCACCUCAGAGGAAGAUGAACCUGUGUAUAAGUUUUUAAAAAUGAAUUGUCGUUACUUCACAGAUGGCAAGGGAGUUGUAGGAGGGGUCAUGUUAGUCACUCCCAACACCAUCAUGUUUGAUCCUCACAAGUCAGACCCUGUUGUCAUUGAGAACGGCUGUGAAGAAUAUGGGCUCAAAUGUCCCAUGGAGGAGGUAGUUUCGAUUGCCCUCUACAAUGAUAUCUCUCACAUGAAGAUAAAAGAUGCCCUUCCAUCCGAUAUUCCAAAGGAUCUUUGUCCUCUGUACAGGCCCGGUGAAUGGGAAGAUCUUGCCUCUGAGAAGGACAUCAAUCCUUUCAGUAAAUUUAAAUCCAUGAACAAAGAAAAGAAGCAACAGAAACCAGACAGUUUUGUUGCUCCUAAUUCCAGACCAAUAAAAUAUUCAGACAAAGAGAAGUCUUCAGAUUUCAAAGUCCUGAAGCCUUCUGCAAGUCCUACCCUAGCCACAUCCGGAUCAGUAGAAACACCAAAGGAUUCUGUUACUCCUGAGUCUUCAGAACAGGUGACUUUGAAAACCUAUACUGCAGAAUGUUCUGCAUCAAAUAUAACUUUGGACUUAACCAAAGACAAUUCCCUUUUGGAGGAAGAUGGCUUUAUUGAGGUAGACAAGACCUCAUUGCAGAUUGAUAGUAAAAUAGAUUGUAGAGAUGCUGGAUCAGUUGAUUGUCACACGGAUCAUCGCAAGACAAAAAAGGAGGUUCAGUUGCAAGCAAGUAACAAAGACAAUUAUGAGCAACCAGUGUUAGAUUCAUCUGGGGUAAAGCAUAAACUCUCUAAGGACGAUCCAGAUUUAGACACCUGUGAAAAGCUGGAUGCAAUGCCUGAAAUAAACAAGGGUGGAAGUUCACCAACCAAUAAGAUAGAGAUGAACUUGGAUGCAAACAAAGAGUUGAAUAAAGACAAGCUUAUUGAAUUUUAUCUCAAUCCUGAUAAAGAUGAACCAUCGCCUAUUGAUUACUUACCUAAGGAGGAAGUCAAGGAAGAAAAGAACAAUAUGCCUGUGGGCAUAGACCUCACGCUUAGCUCUUCAAAAUCCCAAUCCACUGAAGUUCUUGCUCUCAAAAAGGAAGGACUUGAAUCCUGCUCUGUUGUAAGAAAUGAGCCUUUGUUGGAAGCUGGCUCAGUAGCAGCAGAGAAAAAAACAUGUGCAGGAUUAGAUACUCCUUUUUUGACAUCUCAUCUAGAUAAGAACUCUGAAGUCAGACUGUGGCUGUUGCAGAGAGUCCAAGUGCCCAUUGAAGAUAUGCUUCCUUCAAAAGAGGAAAAAAGCAAGACCCCACCAAUGUUUCUGUGCAUCAAAGUGGGCACGCCUAUGAGGAAGACUUUCAUUUCCCAGUCAGCUGUGAUGGAUCAACAAUAUCAUAAAAGACGAAAGCAACCGGAAUACUGGUUUGCUGUCCCUCGAGAAAGGGUAGAUCAUCUGUAUACCUUUUUUGUACAGUGGUCUCCAGAUGUAUAUGGCAAAGAUGCUAAGGAACAGGGUUUUGUGGUGGUGGAAAAGGAGGAGCUUGACAUGAUAGACAAUUUCUUCAGUGAACCUUCAACAAAAAGCUGGGAGAUUAUAACUGUAGAAGAGGCAAAACGCCGACAGAGUGUCUGCAGCUACUGUGAAGAUGAGGGUGAAGAUGAUGCUUUGCCUACCUUAAAAAACCAAAGUGCGCUUUUAGAAAACAUGCAUGUGGAACAGAUAUUUGGGGCAUACGCGACUCAUGCUUUCAGACUUAGUGACCACUAUUAUGGUACUGGAGAAACUUUUCUGUACACAUUCAAUCCUAUUUUCAAGGUAUGUUUCUCGAUACAAUUGAAAGCUUUUAUAUGAGAACAAUGUGAUUUACUCCUGCUAAAGCUUUGAAGGUGUGCGCGCGCACAUAUGUGUGUCUGUGUGUUUAGCUUUGGUUUGGUGUGCUCUUUGAAUGUAAUGUUUGUGAGCCAAGGGUGGUAGGAUAAUUCAGGAGUAGUCAAACACUUGUUUGUUUAUUUGCUUAUUAAACUUCUAUAGCUGCCUAGCUCAGAAACUGACUCUAGGUGAUAAACAAUCAUAAACAAAUUAAAAUCAAAUA